AACAUUAAUUAUCUAUCAAAUGUAUUAACUUGCUGGCUAAAUUACGGAAAUCGUGUCUUCAACACAGCGACAUCCAAUGCAGCGUUAGUUCGAUGAUUUGCACAUGCUUCCGCCGACUUUCCUGACGGUGUUACUCACCGGAUUUAGCUAACACCUAGCCUACUGUCUCAUACUCGCAAAAACUUCCCGUCAGAGCUGAGACGCAGACAGUAAGAGAGAAGAGGCUCAGCAGGAAAAAGGGAACGGCGUAACAAGUCAGCGAUAUUUAAAGUAAAGAGCUUGUAAUGUUAGCAGAUUAAAACGCGAUUCUUUGCACUAACGUUACAUAAGAAGGGUUGCAUUAGCGAUUAAACAACCCUCUGAAUUCAUUUGUUUCCGGAGCGGAGUGGUCCGUUUGUUAUCUUGCUUGCUAGUAGUAGUCCUUUGCAGCUGUCUUGCUACGCUAACAGAUUCCUGCAUCUUGCGUCGGUGUCAGCGUUUGAUACAGAAGGCUAAGGGGAUUUAAUGGGACCCCCGUCUUUUCACCCUCUUCGGAUCCUUGCUCGGAUCUGACACAAGCGCAGUCCACCACAGAGUGAUCCGGCCGAAUUACCACUCAGCCUGGGAAGGAGGGCAGCCCCCCCGGCCCCCGGGGUCUCCCCGGCCGGCUGCAGCAAAGCAUGGCAGGAAAUCUGAAGAAAGGUGGGGGGCUAAUCGGGAUGAUGAAGGACGCUUUUCAGCCUCAUCACCACCACCUCCAUUCCCAUAAUCAGCCGGGGACCGUGGACAAAAAGACGGUGGAGAAAUGUUGGAAACUUAUGGACAAGGUGGUCCGGCAUUGCCAGAACCCCAAGCUGGCGCUGAAGAACAGCCCUCCCUACAUCCUGGACCUGCUGCCCGACACCUACCAGCACCUGCGCACCGUCCUGUCCCGAUACGAGGGCAAGAUGGAGACGCUGGGCGAGAACGAGUACUUCCGCGUCUUCAUGGAGAACCUGACCAAGAAGACCAAGCAGACCAUCAGCCUCUUCAAGGAGGGCAGGGAGCGCAUGUACGAGGAGAACACCCAACCCAGACGCAACCUGACCAAGCUGUCGCUCAUAUUUAGUCACAUGCUGGCCGAGCUGAAAGCCAUCUUCCCCAACGGCCUGUUUCAGGGCGACAACUUCAGGAUCACCAAGGCUGACGCCGCCGAGUUCUGGAGGAAGUCUUUCACAGACAAGACCAUUGUACCAUGGAAAACGUUCCGGCAAGCUCUGCACGAAUUUCACCCUAUCAGCUCUGGCCUAGAGGCCAUGGCUCUCAAGUCCACCAUAGACCUCACCUGCAACGACUACAUCUCCGUGUUCGAGUUUGACAUCUUCACCAGGCUCUUCCAGCCGUGGUCGUCUCUGCUGCGGAACUGGAACAGUCUGGCGGUCACACACCCCGGGUACAUGGCCUUCCUCACCUACGACGAGGUGAAGGCUCGCCUGCACAAAUUCAUCCACAAGCCUGGCAGCUACAUCUUCAGGCUGAGCUGCACGCGGCUGGGCCAGUGGGCCAUCGGCUACGUCACCGCCGACGGGAACAUCCUGCAGACCAUCCCCCACAACAAGCCGCUCUUCCAGGCGCUAAUGCGACGGCUUCCGGAGGGAUUCUACCUGUUCCCUGACGGCCGGACCCAGAACCCGGACCUCACCGGCCUGUGCGAGCCUUCCCCACAGGACCACAUCAAGGUCACGCAGGAGCAAUACGAGCUGUACUGUGAGAUGGGCUCCACGUUCCAGCUGUGUAAGAUCUGCGCCGAGAACGACAAGGACGUGAAGAUCGAACCCUGCGGCCACCUGAUGUGCACUUCCUGCCUCACUGCCUGGCAGGAGUCUGAGGGUCAGGGCUGCCCGUUCUGUCGCUGUGAGAUAAAGGGCACUGAGCCCAUAGUGGUGGACCCCUUCAACCCCAAGGACAACGGCGCAGGCUUCUCCGCGAUCAGCCUGGCCUCGUACGGGUCAGAGGGCGCCCUGUCGCCCUGCUACGACGAGGACGAGGACGACCGGCUGGAGGACCCCCACCUGAUGAUGAGCAAGCUGGCCUGUGCCAAGGUCGAGCGGCCCCCCUCGCCCGUCUCCACGGCGCCCCAGGCCUCCCUGCCCCCCGUGCCCCCCCGCCUCGACCUGCUGCAGCAGAGACCGCCUAACUCCUCCGGGGCCUCCAGCCCAGGGACCACCUCCAAGGCCUCCUCGCUCCACAAAGACAAGCCCCUCCCCCUCCCCCCUGGCUUAUGGGACCUCCCGCCCCCCCCUCCCCCGGACCGGCCCCCUCCGGUGGGUCCCGAGGGCCGCAUCCCCAGGCGGCCCCUCCCCAGGGACCCGCCCCGAGACAAACUGCCCCCCGGUGCCCCUAACCGCUGCGGGGCCGACUGGAACGCCCGGCCCGUGCCCCGUGCCCCGGGGGACCCCCGCGCCUCCCGGGAGCUGUCCAACCGCCACUCCCUCCCCCUGGCGCCCCCGCCCGCCCCGGAGAGGCGCGCCGACUCUCUGAGGCCCAGCAGCUCCCUGGGGCUGGAGCACCAGCUGAGUUUUGGCAGCAAUGGCUCGGAGUACGACAUCCCCAAAGUGAAGCCCUCAAACUCGGCCAACGCCAUCUACGCCAUGGCAACCAGCAGGCCGUUCCCGACCCUGACUCCGCUGAUGGGCGAGGAGGCGGAGACUGAGGAGGACACGGACUACAUGAGCCCCUCGUCCCGGCCUAUCGGCACGGGCCCCGCCCCGCCCAGCUCACGGGUGCUGUUGAAUGACUUGGUUGCUGAGGCACCACAGAUGUAUGAAGCCAUGUCCAACAUCCAGGCUCAUUCAGCGUCUGCUCAAGACUCAGAUUACUCAGACCUCCCGCCCACCGCCAGCACCAACGGCCCCCGGGAGCCCCCCAGCGAGGAGGAUGACGACAACGGCUACGACUUCCCCCGGCCCCCGCUGCCCGCAACGCUCACCCGCCGCACCAUGUCCGACAUCACCCCCAGCUCCUCCAACUUCAGCCGCUUCUCCAUCGAUGAGCCCAUCUCAGCUGCCUGUACCGUUUUUCAUCGGGCCCGGUCCCCGAGCGCCCCCCCCAAACCGCUGCCCCGCAGGAUCAACUCGGAGCGGCGGCCCAGCCCCGUGCCCCCGGGGGCCACGCCCGGAGGCGGGGCCGGCCCCCAGGUCUCGGGUGAGAUCGAGCAUCUCAUGAGCCAGGGCUACUCCUACCAGGACAUCCAGAAGGCCCUGAUGAUCGCGCAGAACAACAUGGAGAUGGCCAAGAACAUCCUGCGCGAGUUCGUCUCCGUCCCCUCCGCGGCACACAUCCUCACAUAGCGCCCUCCCCCUCCCGCCGAUUGGCUGUCUCCUGCAACUCUCGCCGCCUCAUUGGUUGGCCUGUACAAGAGUGUUCCUCCUCAGUGCUAACACACUGAGGGUUACAAUCGCACAUACACACGCAUACACUCUCUCUCUUCCAUCUCUCUCUCUCUCUCUCUCUCACACACACACACACACACACACACACACACACACAGGGGACAGUCAGGUAGCAGAAACGCAUCGCCUGAUUUGUGUAAUAUUGUCAUGACAUACCACCCCCGUCUGUAAGCCUAAAGCUUCUCAUUCAUGUCUAUACACACAUGCAGACACACACUCAUAGUAUGGUGCAAAGGUCUUAGGCACGUGUAUAAAAAAAGAAUCUGUAAAGCGAAGAUGCUUUCAAAAGGAACGUUUCUAAUUAUCAAAAAACUAAAUGUUUACACAUUUAAAAUAUGCCCCUUUCUAAUGACACAGAUAUAAUGCCCAAAACAAAAAAUUAAACAUCUAAGACUUUACAUUUAAAAAGAUGGAGGGUGCCUAAGGCUUUUGCGCAGUACUGCAGAUGCACACGGCAUGAAUGUCCCCCUAUAGCACCUGCUCUAAUGCUGCGGUGGUGACACACUCGUGUGGUUCAGUAUUGUGACCGGGCCCCGUUCUGCCCUCAGCAGGGGUCUGUCCGUGGCGAGGGACAUUUUGGAUAGGGCAGGUCCCCCAGCAGGCUCUGUGAUUGGCUGUUUCAGGUCACCUGUGCUCUGUUCUACCGGAGCUAAUCCCUGUCUCCGGCCUGGCCUUUGGUCCGGGUUUCUCUUCCCGCUGAUUCAGGCGAUACUUUUCCGCCGUGCCCUGUGGAGCUGUGUCUUUGAAGCUUUUUGUAGGACGCUCGGGGCCGUUUAAAUUCACUGCUGUCGUUGAUUUUUUUCUACUAUGGAAGUUCUGCAGAAUUUGGCUGUUAAGAGUAUGGAACGACUGUACAAUCCUGGGAUGCCAUCGUUGACUUCACUUUAUCGGAUUUUAAGGAAGGACAAAUUAUGGUAGUAGACAUUCAGAUUCAGAUAAAACUUGCCCAUAUUCUGAAACCGUACGAGUCGCUAAUCGUGUGUUUGUUGCGUGGUAAGGGAGCGUGUGUGUUUUAAUGUGUACUGGCACCUUCCCUUGAGGUGGGCGCAGGGGAAACCGCGGCCGUCUCUGAUUGGCUCGUGGUCUUAUCCCUCAUCCUUUCCUGAGGAAUAUGUACUUUUAAAGAAAAAUGCUGUGUGGUGGCUUUUUAAUUCAGUAUUUCGGAGCUGUGGUUUUCUCCUCCGUGUUGGGCGGCGGGCGGAGAGGCUACUAAUAUCAGAUGACGUGAAAAUGGCAGAACUAAUAUAUUAACAGACCCCUACCUGGACCGUACUGCAGCCGUACCUGCUGUUCGAAAACGGCACGGCUGUGCGAGACGUCUCGAGGCGUGUUCCGUGUACAUCCUGUCGUUUAGCUUUAACCCUUUACUAAUGUUAGUUUUAUUAUUAUUUUUGCUCUGUUGUUAUUAAUAAAUCAGAAGUGCUUUACUGCUGCUACUAUGGUUAGUGCUAAACAAAUAAGCCUUAAAUGUACAUUUGUGAAUAGACUGGUGUAAUUAUUGCUCUUUUUAAAGUGACAGUAUCUCUUUAUUUUUUCUUAUUUUAUUUUAUUUUUUCCAAAGCAUACUUGAAGAAAUGUUAAGAGCAUGUGAAUCUAUUUUGCGCCCUUACUUGUGUAUUUAUGUGUACUGGGGAGUGUUGCAUUGGACAGACCUGGAGGUAUCAACUUCUACCACAGCAAGCAAAAAAAAUAGAUUAGUAAAUAAAGAAGGAACUUGUUUGGGGUCGAUAAAGAUUAAAAUAAAUACUGAUUUUGGUCAUUAGGUAGAAGGCAGGGCAGGUGUAGGCACUACCUCAUUAUAUUCAUUGACUGGUUUUAGGGAGAAGCACUGAUGUUUCCCACAUGAAACAGGCUGUUGUUACAGUUACCAUGAAAUGCCUUAGGAUGACCAUAUUCCUUUAAGCCUGGUCUCCAACCCUGUCUCAAGGUCCCGUCCUGUUCCUCUUUAUCAGUUUUAAGUUGGAACGUAAUCAGUUUCGGUCUGAGGAAAGAGCGCAGCCGGAGUGCUUUUUAAGGUCAUGUUUGGAAAUGGUCUCAUGGUGAAUGGAAAGUGUCCUUUAGUAAUACCAAACUGGUCGAGAACCAGCGCCUUCCUACGAAGACAAACGUAGCACAUCCACUUACUUUUACAUACAGUAUGGAUAUUUUGAAUGUGUCAGUAAUUAGCACGUUUCAAAGUAUACAGUAAAAGGCACUUUCAAAUAUAUAGUUUGUCUGCAUGCAUGCAUACAUUGGCGAGUAUUUGAAUGUGGUAAAGUGAUGUUUUUCCUCUGUAUUAUAUUCCCUCCGUAAGGGAGCUAAGUGUUAGGAACAGCACCUCAUUGGAAGUCAGCAACACUCUUGCGUAUGCAUUACUUCAGCUGUCAAUCAUUUUUCUUUUUUUGUUUCCGAUGGUGUGCUUUUGAUUAUUUUCAGAAAUCAAGCGCACUAAAUUCAUGAAAGCAUCUGCUGGGUUCUCUCUCUCGGCAGGGGAACAGAAUGCCAAUUAAAGUAUCUAUUUAUGAAAGCAUUGCUUUCAGUUUUUUUUGUUAAGAUUCAUUCAAAAGCGGUGGGCAUCGUUACCCCCAUCAGGACAACAUUUUUUUUCAUAUUCUUAUUAACAGGAAAGCAUGUUUUUCUUCCAUUUCCUGUUUUCUUUAUUAUUGGCUAAUUUCAGACGCUGACGGAUGUUUCUAUUCCUCUGAAGUCAUCAUUUCCUCCCCACAACCCCUUCGAUUGAAUCUCAGGCCGUUUUUAUUCAGUGGAAAUGUUUGAUCUGUGUGUAUUUAUAGUGUAGGUGUGUGAGACCGGUCCAAGCCCGCUCUCAAUGCUGUGCUCAGCUUUGAGGCUUUCACAUUUUACCGAAUCGUUUCAUAUUUUACCGAAUCGUUUCAUAUUUUACUGAAUCGUUUCGUAAGUUCUUGCCAUCUGUCCCUUUCUUUCUCACCUUUUGUGUAUUUCAGGUGAAAUUUAAGUGGAUUUUUUUUUGACUGCAUGUGACUGGGGGGGGGGGGAGCAUCUUAGAAAUGAGUUGCCGUCAUUACUCCUCUUCACCGUGCUAAUUAUUGUAGAUAAAAAUUUCCAGUUUUGUGUGUGCGUGCGUGCGUUUGUUUGUGUGUGUGUGUGUGUGGGUGUUUGUGCGCUCAGUAUAUCAAAAUGUGCAAAGAUACUGUCACUUUAAAACCAAGUGUGUGAACGUACUGAUAAGUGAAAUGAUGAAAUGGAAAUGUUCAGUUUAUUUUGCCUUUCCUGUUAAUGUCAGAUUUUUAUUUUUUACCAAGGUUUGUGUUUUCUUAUCUGAAUAAUACUGUGAGCAGUGCCAUAAUUUUGUUUAAAGAUAUUUAAGUGCAUGCUUCCUGAAGCAUAGGAGAAUGCUUUUUGCUUCUACAGAAAGUGAGUGAUAAUUGCCUAAUGCUCUAAAUCUUCUCGCAUCUUAAAACAUUGCAUACUUACCAGCUGCGCUCUUGUCUUGUGAGUACAGUAUAUGCCUUAUGUGUCCCCUUCUGUGGGGGAACUAAGAUGGUGGUGUGCAGUUUCACCCACACGUCAUGUGCUUUAGCUCCAGAGUAUGAUAUAGUAAGCUACUUUAUAGCCUGACUUGUGGCCCCGUCUGCUAAGGCAAGCAUAUUAUCGGUUCAUAGAGAAUCAAAUAACGUGCACCCAAAAUGGAAAUGCUUGUCAUGUCUGUCUGGUUACCGACUAACUUAUGAUGGAGGAAGAAAUUCUCUAUUGCCCCCCAAUAUAUACACAUACAUUCAUACAUACUGCGGUGACUGCCGUGACCACAAGAGGGAGCUAUUUCCAAAUGUUGGUAGGCGAUUGGCAACAGCAAGUGCUAUAAUUCAUAUCAGACCAGUUCAAUUAAAAUUAAAAUUAAAAUUGCAGUUGGCAAAUCUGAAUUUUACAGUUAAAUACUGUUGAUUUCUGUUUUGUUUUUUACAGCCGGUAGUUAAACCGGAGGCAAUGCGGUCACUCGGUAUGAAUGUGCAUACGCAUACUUGUGUUCAGAAUGUAGCAUGUUUGCAUAUUGACCUGAAUGACGAAUUUAAGGAAGUUGGUUUUUCUGUCUGUCACAAUUCUUCCCUUUUGUUUCAAAUAUGGAGGAACUAAGUAGCAAAAAGGAACACUUCCUCAAAUGUAAUAUUCUAAGUUAAGGCGACAUUUCAAGGGAACGGAUAUCCAUUUUAAAUUGGUUUUGGAAAUGUAUGAUUAUAACAUGAUGACAAAAAUAAUUUAAUUAAUUGAAAGGAACAGGUGUCGGUGCCAAGCACUGCAACAGAGCUCUCUCUUCCUGUCAUUCCCAGCCUAAUGAAAGUGCAUUUAAAAUUUAAUUUAAAUGUAAUGUUUAAUUCUAAGUUGUAUCUUUCAUAAUCUUAUCUGAAUUUUCCUCCAUUUUUCUAUAUGGCUGAAACCAAGCAAGACUAAUUAGCAGGACUGAAUCUGUAUUAAUAUACAAGUAAUGUAUACCCUGUAGCUAUUGUAUCCGUGUCAUUUUGUAACCAGAUGACGGUUCCAGUAGCUGGUUGUAUACAGGUCGGAUCUUCCUGAUACCGUUUCUGGCAGUCGUGGGAAGGCAUAGCUCGCUAUGGGCCUGCACACAGCGUACUGUAGCAAGCCGGUAUCGCCUGAUUUAUAAGCACUCCUGUGGUCUCUGGUCUCCUUACACCAUUUCAGGAGGGUGCGGUUGGGAGAAUUCCCAUUGCUUUGCCUCAGUUUUUUUGUAAAAAAAAAAAAAAAAAAACAACUUGAAUUUACUUACGAUGGCCAAUGUCAAUUAGUGCCAUGAUUUCCUUUUAUUUAUUUGAAGAAAAAAAGUUAUUUUCUCGGAUUUAGUUUGCGGAGCACGCGACGCCACACCCACCCCACCCCCUCUUCUCGGUAUAGACCUAGAGAGGCGUGGCCGUGUAGGCGUGAUUAGGAAGGGUGUCACCUGAGGUGUGUCCCAAUACUCGGAAAAAAUGCGUCCACCUUUCCUUCUCCACCAAAACUUCCAGAUAGGAGAUGGAGACAAGUGGAUACAUUUUUUUCUAGUAUUGCUACGCACCCCUGGUCAGGUACAGCCGCUACUCAACUCCACGUCCUGUGGGCCGCAGCGUCCACCACCUGAUUUCACAAAUUAUUUAACCUUCUUCGUUUAGAUAAUACGGUAAUUAAUGACAACGGGUGAUGGAGCGCACGGUUGAAGCAAAUUCUUGCAGGCACUGCGGCCCGCAGGACACGGAGUUGAGUAGUGCUGGGUUAGGAUGUGAAGUUUCCCCAGGUACAGACUAGAUCAGACCCUUGUCUGUUCAUACCUGUAUAUAUUUUUUUGUUUUGUUUUCAUUUUGUGUGUUGUAGAUUUCGGUGUGAAGCAAAUGCGACGAAGUUGACCGGCAGCUUUAUGUAGAGAUGUAUGGAUUGGAAGCUGUGUAUGUAACUAAAAUGGUAUCAGUUCAUACAGUUGUAGCCAAACCGACUGCAGGGACAACUUUGACUCAAGGAAAGGAUUGGAGCUUUUUUUAAUGUAGGAGAUGUUUUGCAGUUAUUACAAUUAUUACGAUAAUAAUUACUGUGCUUAAAGUGAAAUUAAUAUCAGUUCUUAUAUCAGUGUUAUAAUCUUUGGGUAUGUAUCCUACAGUGUCCUUGAAUAUUAAAUAAAAUGUGUGGAUUGUUAAAAAUAUGUGGAUACCUAACUUUUUUUAAUCUUACUGCUGCCUGUACAAAGCAGAAAGCGAACUGAAAUAUGAAGUAUAUAAAACCAUUUCCCUUUUCAUAAAGAGUAGCACAAUUUAUUUUUCUUACAUAUUUUUCAUUAUAUUCAUGUCUAGAAAUAACUAAUGUUAUUUAUUAAUUUUUUUAUGCUGUACUCCAAUCCGAGAUGCUUAUUGUUGGUUUUGUUUCUGGAAUUUGCAUCUGCCAUUAAAUAAUUUUUGAAUA